UUGAGAAUAUCAUGUCAGUCAGUCAAUCGUCUUCAGCCGAGACGCAAAAAGUGUUUGUCGAUAAAUGUGCACCUUAGCCUCCGUAAUACGGGGAGCAAGAUUAGUUGAGUAAGGAAUAAUCAGUGAUUAAGACGAAUCAGUCACGCAAUACAGAAUACACGAUACCUAGGAUACAUUCACGUCAGAAGAUCGACGGAGCAUAUUUUCCAGGGCCCAGGAUGGACGUGCUGAGCCUGAACUCGGUGCUGGUGGUGACGACGGCCCUGCUGCUGGGGUGGCUGGCGGUGCGGGACAAGCUCAACUACUGGGCCAAGCGGGGCGUCCCUUACGUGUCGCCGUGGACCUGCCUCACGGGAACGCUGGCCUUCUUGUUCAAGACGCAGGCCAUGUACGAGUCGUUCGUGGCCCAGUACGACGCCCUCGAUGGCCACCCCUACGGCGGGACUUUCCAGCUGCUCAACCCCUCGGUCAUGCUCCGGGACCCGGCCAUGAUCAAGGAGUGGCUCAUCAAGGGCUUCACAAACUUCCACGACCGCGGCCCGGAACCCGACGAGAAAUUGGACAAGCUCAGCGGGAACCUCUUCCAGCUCACCGGCGACAAGUGGCGCCUCGUCCGCCAGAAGCUUUCGCCCAUCUUCAGCACCGCUAAGCUCAGGAUCAUGUAUCAGACCUUGAAAGGAUGCGCAGAGGAGUUGAACGCCCACCUGCAGGCGCGCUGCCAGGCGACGGGAGAAACGGAGCUGGACGUCAAGGACUUGGUGUCCAACUACACGAUGGACGUGAUAGGGGCCUGCGCCAUGGGCAUCAAGUGCAACGCCAUCCAGGACCCGGAAAACUGCACCAUGAAGAAGGUCGUCAAGCGGAUGUUCCGCUUCAACUGGAGGCUGUCCCUCUUCCAGUUCCUCGAGAUGGCCGACCCGCGGCUUCCGAGGCUCUUGGGACUGUCCCCGAGGGACAAGGAGGUGGAGGGAUAUCUCGAGGAGAUCACCAAGGAGGCCAUCCGCAUGAAGCAGCAGGACACCACCGGCACCAGGAAGGACUUCCUCCAGCUCCUCAUGAAGUAUAGCGAGGAGGAGGGCGCCGAGGCGGCCAACGGCGAGGCCCAGUCCAAGGAAAUUGCCAAUGGUGACGCCCAGUCGAAAGAGAUUGCCAAUGGCAACGCCCAGUCCAAAGAGAUUGCCAAUGGUGACGCCAAGGCUAUGGAACAUGAAGAUCCAGUCAUAACGGAGAAUGUGAUAAUGGGAGUGAUCGCGUCCUUCCUAUCAGCUGGCUUAGAACCGGUGUCAGCCACGGUGACUUUCUGCGCGUACGAAUUAGCCCACCAUCCCGAGGUCCAGGAGAAACUCUUCAAAGAAAUUCAGGCGGUCAGAAAAGAAUCCAGUGGGGAGAUCAAGUAUGACGAUCUCAAGAGGCUUCAUUAUCUGGACCAGGUCGUUAACGAAACUCUGAGAAAAUAUCCUAUUGCUCCGAUCUUGGGCAGAAAGUGUACAGAGGCCUUCCAAAUUCCUGACUCGAAACUUGUGCUGGAGAAAGGCAUCAAUUUGAUAAUCAGUACGAUGAGUCUCCAUCACGAUCCAAAAUAUUUCCCUGAGCCCGAAAAAUUCGACCCUGAACGGUUCUCGGAAGAAAACGUUAACAAAAUCAUUCCCGGAUCGUACUUGCCGUUUGGAGAUGGACCUAGAUUUUGCAUCGCGAUGCGUUUGGCUUUGAUGGACGUCAAAACAAUGAUCAUAACUUUGGUUUCGGACUACACACUUCACACUUGCCCCAAGACUGUGAAGCGCAUUGAGAUAGACAGACAUUUAUUCACUUUGGCCCCGAAAGGUCAAGUGCAACUUCGACUUAAAAAGAGGAGCUGAACAUGACCAUGAGAUGUCAUUCUUCUUUCCAGCGGGCUGAUUAGUGAAAUUCAUAGAAAAAGCUAUAGACAAAGGAGACAAAAGGGAAAUGAAUCGAUUCUAUUGGUUGAAGCUGGUGGUUGCAGUGGACAAAGGAGGUAACUAAUAGACAAACUAACGGCAACCCACGAGACACCCUACAGUUAGUUCAUCGUAUUCCCCCUUAGUCUUUAACAACCACCUGUUUUUACCAAUAGGAUCGCUCCAAUGCUAUACGUCCUAUUUGUCUAUGGCUUUAUCCAUCAAUUUUAAUAAUCAGCCCGUAACAUUCUUUUCAGGCCGAGGCUUCUUUUACUUACGAGUGUCAAGUUUAAGAUAUUUAGCUUUAUUUUACAUGAAAAAGUUAUUUUUAUCACUAAAUUAAAGCAUGCAUAAUAAUUCUUGA